UCUUUUCCUUUCUCCCUGUCACCCAUCUCUAGCGUGGAGUUACUAGAAGGGGGUUUCCUGUGCUCUGGUGAAAGGUGGUGGGGUGGAACGCUGGUUGGGGCAAGGAGUAUUUACAAAUCAAAAGGAGCUGGUCCCAGUCACCUCUAGCCUGAGGGAAGAUUGUAUGUGUGCCUUCACACUUCAAAAUUAGCCCUCCAGAUCUAGCUUCUGAUGGAGCAAAAAAAAAUUUAAACUUGUGACAUGGAAGGAAAAUAUCACUUUUUUCCCCUAAAGCGCCCCCAAAGCACUGCUUAAACAGCUCUUCCUGAAUCAUGACAAUCAAAACGCAGCUUAUGCCAGAAUGUAAUUCUGGCUGGGUAUCCAGAGUUUACUCCCCUUUCCAAGUUUAUUUCAAGAGAAACUAAUUUCCAGGCGUUUAUGUUUGGAUCUUAGGAUAAUUCUCAUUCUUGUGCCUGCUCUUUGCCUUCUCCCUCCUCCAUCAAAAUGACAUACACCUUUGUCACACAGAUGUUGUUUUGGAUUUCAAUAGAGUUAAUUUCUUAAUAGAAAAUGAAUGGUGAAUAGGAAGGCUAUUGAGCCAGGAGAAAGCUCAUUGUGCAAAGAGCAAACGUGUGUGUUAUCAAAACAUGUAGGUUAUCUAAAGUAAGUUUAGAGUUUUAAAAAGCGUGAUUUGGACCCCAUCUCAUAUCUGAGAUCUCUCAUUUGGGAGAAGGGGGAAGGGUGUAAAUUACCGUGUAACUGAUAUAGGAAAGUGUACAUUGGAAAGAGGGAAGAGGUUGUGAUUUCCCUGGUAAAAAGUGAGGGAGGAGCUGCCAGUGUGGAUCCAGCUGCUCUGGAGUUUGUUGGCUUUUUUAAGUUUUUUAUGGUGGUUGGUGGGGGAUGUGUUUUAUUUUGUGUUUGAGGCAUUCUGUAGAACAUCAGGGAUCUUAGUGAGAAUGUGGAGACCCACUAAAUUAAGGAAAGACUAGUGCUUUAAAUAACUUAUGACAGAGGAGAGGUAUUGGUGUAUGAGACUAUGUACAGUUCUGUGUAAGUAGCAUUCACCUAUUUGAACUGUUUCCAAAUUGUCACUGGUUGGUAAAUAAUACGGUGAAUAGUGUAUAUGAUCCGUGUCACGUUUGACACAGCCUAAUAAUUAUGUAUAAACCUGGCCUGUCUCACUGAUAUGUAGUCACUCUAGUGAUAAGGUACGAAUGUACUUGAAUCCAUUGUGGGAAUGAGCUAGACAUUUGAAAGACUUAAACAAUGAUAGUCGUUGACUUCUUCUCCUUCCAAGAACUGCUCAGUGAGUAAGCAACUCCCUGUGUUUAAGGCUGGGUUUGGAAGAGUUAAUGUCCUUCUGAUAGGAAACUACUUGUCCAGGAUAUUCUAGAGUCUGCAUUUCAUCUUAAGUGAUUUUUACAGAUAAAACAAAACUCGUCUUCCAUUGACAACACUAGGCACAACUGUGGAAGAACUGGCAAGAAUCAACAAAGAAAUGGAGUCAGUCAAUACUGAGGUUGAAGAAAAGCAGAAGAGGCUCUUCCAGUUUACUUCAGCAUUUGAAGAACUAUCGCGAAGCCCUAUGGCCUCCUUUAGUGACACAAAUGUGAGACAAGAUUUUCCUGAAGGGAGCCUGCUCCCAAAGGAAAAGUGGGAGGAACCAUCCAAGAACAAAGAGAGUCAGCCUAGGAAGUAUGCGAUGGACCACGAAUGUCCAGCAGCUGAUCUUGAACGUGAUCCUGUGCUCAAUUAUUCUGCAGGGCUGCUAGAGGCAUCUGAGGCAAAGCAGGUUGAGACUGAUACCCAGCACUUCUGCGGCUUAAAAAAAUCUGCGGGUGAAAAUUACUACAAGUCCCUGGAGAGCCCAAGACCUUAUGUUUCCCCAAUAAGAAUUAAAAUAAAUCUUCAAGAUUCUGAUGAAGAUGACCUUGUAAUAGAUGUACCUCCAAUCAUGCCUACUUCUAAGAAAUCUAGACCAUUUAGAGACUUCAGAUAUCAGAAUAUGGAUGAAAGGCUACAUAUAAUGCCCCCGGAGAAAAGAAACCUUCAAAUUAGUGGCACAGAAGAGGAAAAAAUAGAUAAAACCCAGCUAGCCACACAAAUAGAUGAUGACAAUAACAAAUUAGAACCACCCAAAUCACUCAUGAACAGCACACUGGAUAUUAAAAGUAACAUAAAGAUGUAUAGUGUUAAAAACCACAUUUCUAGGAUGAGAAGCUUUGAUGAGAAAAAGUAUGUCUGUAUUUCAGAAGAAAGUAUAUGUUGUGCACCUCUCAGUGACACAGAAAUACAGAACAAAAGUCAUAAUGAGAGUUAUGCGAAGAGCAAAAAACACAUGAAAACAAUUGAUGAUACUCGAAAAGAAGAAACUGAAUGUCGGUGUUCAGCCAGCCAACCCCAAAGUUCUUAUUCAGGUGAGCGCGCAAAAGACAGUGUGCUGAGCGUGCCAGACGAUAGUCGAGACUUCACUACUUGUGAAGACAGUAAAUUAGUUGAAUUUGAUUUUGAUAAGGAGCAUACUGAAGAUGACACCCCCUCUGAUUCGGACGACGCUCUGAAGGAAUGUCUGCAAAUUUUCAGUGAGUUCACUGAAAGUCAGGCUUGGAAGGGAGAGGCUGCUAAGCAGGCUUCAGGAAAGCAAAUGGAACUAGAUAUGCCGUAUUACCAAAACGUUUCUGGACCAAAAAGGAGAAUUGCACACAUUGCCAAGUUUGAUGUUCCAACCAGUAAAGAGAUCAUUAGCCCGUUCAGGGGACCAGGGCCCCCACUAAUGAGUCCCGCUGGCAUCCUCCCCGCCCAGCAGCAGGCAGAGCAGAUAAUGGCUGCCGUUAGGAGUGGGCAGGCCUUCGUUGCUGCCACUUCAGAGCAGAAGAAAAGUAUGUGUGCGUGUCCAGCCUCUCAGACCCAAAGGAGAGCCUCAGGAGAAAAUGCACUUACAUCGGACAGCCUUCAUCUGGAUGUAGUUCUUUCAAGGGAAAACCCAGUUGCAAAGCCAAGCAGGUCACACGUUCCUGUGAAGAGUAUCGCUUCUUUUCCUGUAAAGAUGCCGAGAUAUAAGGUGGCUCAUGGGAAGCGGACUUUCGUAACAUCGGAAUCCUCUUCCAAAGUUCCUGAUGAAGUAAGACAACGCUAUGUCAACCUCUUUUUUGAGAAGUAUUUGAGAGUUUAUAAAACAGAGGAUGAGGCUUUUAGCAAGGCUAAAAUAGAAGAAAAGGCCAUUUAUGAACGCUGUGGCAGUAAAAACAUGUAUGUGAACAUAGCAAUACAUACUCUUAAAAAGCUGAGAAAUCAAGAUGUGUCAGGAAGCAGUAAUGACAACAAGACAACUGGAUUGAAAAAGAAUGAAAAGAAAAAUGUGCUCACAGGAAUUAGUCUCUACAGACGUCUUAAAGACUACCUUCUAACUGAAGAAGACUUACAUAAAAAUAACUACCCCCAACCCAACCCUGACAAACCAGGAAGUGUUCUUUUAAACCCAAGCAUGACAAAAACUCUUGUAAAUGAUGCUUCUAAGAAGAUAUGUCUUCGAUGUGGGAAAAUAUAUGAUGUGACUUCCGGAGGCAGACACGGCAGCGGGGAGGAAUGUAACUACCACUUCGGCGGAGUGUUGAGUCAGAAAGGCAAGUAUUUGGUAGUUCUGUUUCAUUUAUUUGACACGCCAGUGCCACAGUUGUUCAGAGAAAAGUGGAGUAAAGAAUUCAGUUCAAUAUACAUUUGUUAAACGCAGUCCAGUAGAGAGACACUGGAUCGACCGUGAAGUUUCAGUUACAAACACCUACUUCUGACCAUCCCUUAUUACCCUUGCAGCUCAAGGGCUCUGGAACUCGAAGGUGAGGACAAUUCUUCUGCCUCUUUAAGACCUCAAGUCAAUCAGCUACCUCCUGACUCACCUGCUUGCCACAUGCCAGCAUUGUGAUAAUUUCACUGCCAAUAGCUUUAAUUCCUUGCACUGAGUGAAGAUGGACACUUGAUUCCUCGCCCCACCAGCCACUAUGUCUUUUCCAGCACAGUCAAUUCCCUACAGUCCACUCAGCUGGGUUUUUUCCUACUUAAAGGAAAAACCUGAGCGCCAUCGUUGUCUCACCUUUGUGCACCCUUUCAUUUAAGCAGCAUGCGCCUCUCAUUUUUCUCCGUCUACAGCUUCUAUCCCGAGCCUGUCUCUUCUCCACCACCCAGGUCCAAACCUUUGCCUCUGUCCUCUGUUACUGCAGCAUCCUCC